UUCAUCAGAAUCUAGAAUUCGAAAGAUCUCACUUUUCCCUCUAAAACGCUUCGUUUCAAUUUCGAAGUUUCAGAUCUCUUUUUUGUCUGUUUCUGGCUGAUAAUGGAUACUUCAAAGGAGAAGAAAGGUGCCGGAGGAAGAAGAGGAGGGGAUAGGAAGAAGGCUGUUUCGAAGUCGAUCCGGGCGGGGCUCCAAUUCCCAGUUGGUCGAAUUGCUAGGUUUCUCAAAAAGGGCCGUUAUGCUCAGAGAUUUGGGGUCGGAGCCCCGAUAUAUCUCGCUGCAGUUCUUGAGUAUCUAGCCGCUGAGGUGUUGGAGUUGGCUGGGAAUGCAGCACGAGACAACAAGAAGAAUAGAAUUAACCCUAGGCAUGUGCUUUUAGCAGUGAGGAACGAUGAAGAGUUAGGGAAAUUGCUUCAAGGAGUGACCAUUGCUAGUGGUGGGGUGCUACCCAACAUCAACCCAGUUCUUUUGCCCAAGAAAUCUGCAGCUACUGAUAAACCUUCAGCGUCAAAAUCCCCCAAGUCCGCCAAAAGCGCUUAAAGAUGAAUCCUACUAGUUAUGUAUUAGUUCCAAUAAUGGAAUGCAGGAUCUAGGAGUUAGUCUUAGUCUUUUUCCCCUUCUUUUUUGUUUUCCUUGUGAAUUUAACUAUCUUUGUAGGCGAUGACAAAGUUUAUAAAGGAAGUUUCCUUGUUUCCUUCA